ACAGAUUUCCACAACUUGGGAAAUGUCACUGAUUGGCCAAUUCGCUGAGAAAGGUUGGAUUUGCAUCAAAAAGAGCCUUACAACUCAUUGAAAUUCCUCACAUGUCCAAAACUGGGAGAGAAAAAGAAGUCUAAAGGAAUUGAAGCGUAUUUUACACAUCCGCCACUUUCCCCGGUGCUGACACCUGUUCUUCACUAAACUGGCUCAUAAACUCAAAGAAAUACAAAUGAUCAGUAGCUGCAGAAGAAUGAUCUACAAGCCUAAAGCAUUACAGUGAAGACCUCCGAUUCUAUUACAGAUCCAACAUUUGUUGACCGAAGAACAUUUGGAAGAUCUAUUUGCAAACUUAGUUGCUUUUACAGUGGAAAUUAAAAACCAAGUUUAAAGUCCAUGGACAUUCCCACUAUUUCUGAACCACCACCCGCAGUCCACAAUGUUAAAUCUAAAGAGAAAUUGUGGACAACUGUUGCUGAUGGGUCAGUUGAGCUGCGAAUUGACCUGUCCUGUCCACAGCCUCCAGUGACUGUGCAUCAGACAUUUAUGGAGUGUCUUGAUAAAUACGGUGAUUUGAAUGCCCUUUCAAGUAAAAAGAAUGGUGUCUGGGAACAUGUAAGCUUUUUGGAGUAUUAUAAACUCUGUCGACAGGCUGCCAAAGGUUUCUUAAAGCUUGGUCUGAAACGGUUUUACAGUGUUGGAAUUCUUGGCUUUAAUGCCCCAGAAUGGUUUAUUUCCGCUGUAGGAACAGUGUUCGCUGGGGGAAUUGCGACCGGGAUUUAUGCGACCAAUUCGCCUGAAGCAUGCUUCUAUGUUGCCAGUGACUGCAGAGCAAAUAUCAUUGUGGUUGAAAAUCAAAAACAGCUGGAGAAAAUCUUGCAGAUAUGGAAUAAAUUACCGGAUCUCAAAGCUGUUGUACAGUAUAAAGGCACUUUGCAGGUUAAACGCUUAGAUCUAUACACGUGGGAUGAGUUCCUGGAACUGGGGAAGGAUAUCAGUGAGGAACAUCUGGAUGACAUCAUAAAUUCACAGAAGCCCAAUCAAUGCUGCGUUCUUAUCUACACAUCGGGUACCACCGGGAACUCAAAAGGAGUAAUGCUGAGCCAUGAUAAUAUCACCUGGACAGCUGCCCAUGCCAGUCGUGCUGGAGAUAUUCAGCCUGCAGAAGUUCAGCAAGAGUCUAUAGUCAGCUAUCUUCCUCUUAGUCAUAUUGCUGCCCAGAUUUAUGACUUGUGGACUGGCAUCAAGUGGGGAGAACAUGUCUAUUUUGCAAAUCCGGAUGCCCUCAAGGGAACACUGGUGGAUACACUGAGAGAGACACAACCUACCUCACACAUGGGGGUCCCAAGAGUAUGGGAAAAGAUUAUGGAACGUAUUAAAGAGGUGUCAGCGCAAGCAAGUACAUUGAAGAGAAAAAUGCUGUCAUGGGCCAUGUCGGUGAACCUGGAAAGGAACCUGAGUCCACCAAGGAAUGGUGAACUGAAGCUGUUUCUCCCAGCUGUGGCUGAUUACCUGGUCCUUUCCAAAAUUCGCAAGAUCCUGGGAUUUUCUCAUUGCCAGAAACACUUCUCAGGUGCCGCUCCUAUCUCUAAGGAAACUCUGGAAUUCUUCCUUGGCCUUAAUAUCACACUUUAUGAAGCCUACGGUAUGAGUGAGACUUCAGGACCUCACGUCAUGUCCAGCCCUUAUACUCAUCGCUUCCAGUGCUGUGGCAAGGUUGUGCCCGGAUGUCAAAUGAAAAUAGUUAACAAAGACCCAGAUGGAAAUGGAGAAAUCUGUUUUUGGGGCCGGACAGUUUUCAUGGGAUAUCUGAACAUGGAAGAAAAGACUAGAGAGGUUUUUGAUGAGGAUGGCUGGUUACAUUCUGGAGACAUUGGUAAAAUGGACACUGAUGGCUUUCUGCAGGUGACAAGCAGAAUCAAAGAGCUAAUCAUCACUGCUGGUGGUGAGAAUGUACCACCAAUCCCUAUAGAAGAUGCCAUUAAAGGAAACAUAUCUAUUGUGAGCAAUGCAGUGCUAAUUGGCGAUAGGAGGAAAUUUCUGUCAAUGCUUUUUACUCUAAAGUGCACAAUAGACCCAGAAAGCAUGGAGCCAACUGAUAAUCUGACCCAGGAAGCAAUACGAUUUUGUAAUGAUGUUGGCAGUAAGUCCAUGACAGUGACUGAGAUUGUGGGACAGCAGGACCAGGCUGUAUAUAGAGCAAUUCAGGAGGGUAUAGACAAGGUCAACAGUGAAGCAGUUUCAAAUGCCCAGCGUAUUCAGAAAUGGACAGUCUUACCCAAGGAUUUUUCAAUAUUAGGAGGAGAAAUGGGGCCAACAUUGAAAAUAAAACGGCAUGUCAUUCUGGAAAAGUACAAAGAUGUAAUAGAAACAUUUUACUCAGGAUAAAACAAAAUAUGUAUCACUACCACCAAUCGGAAUUAGUCAGUCCUUUAUAUGUUCAGGUCUGGAGAAAAGUAUCCAUGGUCUGACUCAAAGUUCAAUUAUUAGUGAGAUUCCGAAGGUAUUAUUAUUGUUAGGUGGAAAUGUGUUAGAACAAAACCCUUCUCCAAAAUGUCCACAGCAGUAAAUGUUCCCUGUUACAUAGACUGUAGCAUAUACAAUCCUUCUACACUGUAUUUUACCUAACAACUUUGUGACUACAGACGGGAACAUGGUUCUGACUCAGGAAUCACUAUCCUUUGUGUAUAUUCUUGGAGCAAUCACUGAUGAAAUCCAAUGUGCCUUACAACUAUGAAAUUUCUAUUUUUCUAAAAAAAAAAAAUUUUUUUUUUACCUGUUUAAUAUUUGUACUAAACAUUAAAGGACUUUCUCCCUUCUGUUUUAAGCUACAAGUACCUACAUACUCGGCUACUAAAUGCUGGUACUUUUAGUCCAUACGUGUUGUACUUGUAUAUACCAAAUCUCUAGCAGGAUAGCUACCUUUUUAGUAUUCAUUUUCUGUGCAAGCAAAACAUCUGGUUGCCAUUUAAUCCUUUUUUCCCCCCAAUACACCCUAUUAAACGUAAUAUGACAUAAACCAAUACCUCAAGUUAAACAAAACUACUCCUUGCUGCAGUGAAAUUUGGAUAGUGUGAUAUUCCAUCACUCCCGGUUUCUUAUGUCAUUAUACAGGAAGAGCGCCUUCCUUGGAAUUCUAAUGGUGCCAAUAAAAUGAAUAAGCCAACCAAAGGUUUUAUCAAUUUAAAAAGAUAUUUGUAGUUGGAUUUGCCAAAAACAAUCGUUCACAGAUCCAAAUGAUCAUUUAGUACAACUGAUUUAUAGAAGAUGCAACUUUUUCACCGAAACAUUCCUAAUAUCAAAUAAUCAUAUCUAUGGUCAGCAUUAUUGAGUUUAGUUGCAUUUUCCAAAUAAUCACAGCCGUUUUCAUUAAAUGCUUUAUGUGAACAGUUUA